AGCCAGCGCGGCGGGGAGGGGGCGCGGGGGCGGCGUGCCAAUGGCUGCGCUGCCCCCUCCUCUGCCCCCACCCCGCCGCCGGCCCCUCCGCCUCCCCGCCCGACCCUCCUCCCGCCGCUCACUCCGCGCCGCCAGCGCCGAGGCUGCGGCUCGGGAGCGGCCCCGCUCCGCGCCCGGCAGCGCUGGGAGCCAGCAGGUCUCCGGGAGGCGCGGAGGGUGGGGUGGGAUGCCGGAAUGCCCGGACCGCGGGGCCAAGGCGGCCCCCAUCCAUCAUAAAAUCUCCUUCUCCAUCUUAGACAUCCUGGAUCCCCAGAAAUUCAGCAGGAGACGCGAACCGGCCGCGGGGAGCUGGGGCAGCGCCCCCCGCUCGGGCGAGCGGGAGAAAAGUUUGGGAAGAGUUGAAGUAGGAAAGGACGCUGCUGCUCCCGGCAGCGGGAGGAAUAAACUAGAGGCACAUGAUCCGCACGGCCCGACGGAGAGCGGCGCCGAGGACGCGGGGCAGGACCGCGACGAGGAGGACCCGAGCGGGGACGGGACCGGGAGCGGGCCCUCUCCCGGGCCGGAGGAGCCGGGCUCGCCGCGGGGCGCCCGUCGGCGGCGGGCGGAGCCGGGCUGCGGGAAACCGCGGCGGGCGCGCACCGCCUUCACCUACGAGCAGCUGGUGGCCCUGGAGAACAAGUUCCGAGCCACGCGGUACCUGUCGGUCUGCGAGCGCCUCAGCCUGGCGCUGUCCCUCAGCCUCACCGAGACGCAGGUGAAGAUCUGGUUCCAGAACCGCCGCACCAAGUGGAAGAAGCAGCACCCGGGCGCCGACGGCGCGGCCCCCGCAGCAUCCCCCGCGGCGGCGGCGGGCGGCGGCAGCCCCAGCCCGCCGGGCCCCGCCGCUCUGCCCUUCCAGACUUUCCCUUCCUACGCCGCCGCCAACGUCCUGGUGCCGCCGGCCGCCCCCUUCCCGCUGGGAGCCGGGCCCUUCGCCCCUUUCCUCGGCCCCGCGUACCUCGGCCCCUUCUACGCCCCGCACCUCUGAGCGGAGCAGGGCGGGGGGCGGCGGGCCGCUCCCGAGCCCAGCCCCCGGGAGCCAGGAGCGCACCUCGGCCCUUCUGACCCAGCCGUCAUCGCUUCUGGUGAUAGCAUGGCGAUUGGAAGUGUAAGAAAGUUGAUUUUUUUUUUUUCUUAGGCGUCACGGCAGCAUGCUUAACUUUGACACAGAGAAAAAAAAACCCACGGUAACCACUGGAUUUUAUUAGCACGUUUGAGAUGUAAUUAUAGGUGUCGGAGAUGGGAAAAGCAACCCUCUUUACACAUGCCUGACACUAAUUCCCUCCAGAUUCUUCUCCAAGUUCAUUGUUAAAGCCGUUUGGCUUGCCAGCACAUGUCUCAACCCUCGAGGGCUCGGGAGCUGUGGCACUCGUUACCACUGCUGUGAUCCUGAUCCUGACGAUGGUGCACGUGGCCGUUUCAAAUCCCAGGGACGCUCAUCAGUGAAGAUGUUCCCAGGCUCUGAAUUUGCUCGUGGGACUUGUUUGCACCCUGUUUGACCCACGUUUUAUUACUGUUUCUGAAAACUGCAAGCCCCUACCUGGAGGAGAGUUUUUGUCUGAGAAGGGGUAGGAAACUGCAGCUCUGUGUCAUCAGGCAACAAGAAGAAAAUCUGCCUGGUCAGUGGGAAAGGAUUCAACUGCUGCUCAUGUCCACGGCCUCCCUGCCUUUGUUUGCAGUUCAUUCCCAGUGACUUCAAAGGUCUUGGAUGAGAAGUCUAAAGAUCAUUCUUUUUGCAGUGAACAGUUGUUCUUGUAAUAACACAGCAUUAGUGCCAAAUGAGGCAGAAAAGAAAACAUAAAUCUGAGAAAAUGAUUACAGUAUUCAUUUCUUUAAUGAGGGGGCAUUUGUGGUAGAAAGUAAGUAAAACGCAGAAUUUGCAGCAUGCCGAGACCUAUUUUCCAUAACAGAGAAACAUGUGCUUUUUCUGGUUUUGCUUUUUGGAGCACUUGUUAGAAGGAAAAUCAUAUUUCAUCUUCAUCUUUACAAGCACUGGAAUGAAAAGGAAUUUUAGCUGGGGGCUUAUCUGUCUCUGAAUGGACGGGAAGUAAUUGGUUUAAAAAAAUCUGUCUCAUGCAGUUUUACAAAUUAUUACAACAUGGUGUUCAAGACUGUAUCUUCUUGGUCUCUGAUGAUGCUUUAAAGUACACAUUGGCUCUCCAACCAAAAAACUUAGCUCAUAAAUCCUAUCUAGCUCUUCUUGUGUUGGUCUAAAUAAAAAGAGGGUUUUUUUUAAA